CGGGUCCUGCCGACACCUCGCGCCUGCGAAGCAGUCGCUCGCUUUGGGCAGCAGUCAAAUCCUCCCCGCUGCUCGCCGGACCUCCGGAGAGAAGUGGGGGUGGUCUUGAGGAUGAAAACGGGCGUGUUAGUGCGUCGUUGCCCCAGACUGUUACACAAUGCGAAUAGAUGUGUUUUUCGAGCUCGCAGCGCGCUCACUUGCCGGAGGUUUGUGUCUGUUUUUCUAUUGUGUGCUGGCUGAAGCCUGAAGUGGGCGUCGCUCCAGGACAGACAGACUGGGCUGCCCGCUUUCCUCUCGCAGGACUGCAGCACUGUCGUGUCGCUUUGUAGGUCGAAGGAUGUCUGAUUUUACGCGGAAGAGCUCGGUGGGGACGUUAGUCUUGAUUUCGCGUGCCGUGAAAGGCACCGUGGAGUCCUGCGGGCGGGCGUUGCACCGUGGGUUGUCGGGCGCUGCGGAGGUUGUCACACAGCCGCGCUGAUGGCUCAUUAAACACGAAAGCGUGCAAUCCCGAGCCUGCACGAGCACGGAUUGAACAGGUUACCGUGAAAUGAGAACUGUUCUGAAAAUCAGGGUGCUGGACAUUUUUUUUCUCUUUGCGUGUCCGGCUGCAGUGUUUUAUUUUCUCUUCCUACAAGUCUGACGCGUUUACUCCAUCGGGGGUUUCCGGAGCGCGUGAGACCUCAGAAAUGAUUAAAGGUUUUGUCACCCGAUGCUCUCUGACUGACUUGAGUCGGGUGUAACCCAUUAGGAGAAGAUUUUGCCUGAAGGAUCCUUCAACAAAUCAAAAUGCAGAAAAAAGUCAGGCAGCCUCAGAGGUGGUUCAACACGGCCGACAUCACAGUGUCUCACCAAAGCAACAUGCUGAAGCAGCUCAACCAGCAGCGCCGCCAGGAGCUUUUCUGUGACUGCAGUGUGUUGGUGGAGGGCCAGCUCUUCAGGGCUCACCGCAAUGUUUUGUACGCCAGCAGUGGCUACUUCCGCAUGCUGCUGUCCCAGGGGCCCGAUGACUCUGUCAACGCCACCUUCGACGUCUUCAGCCCCGAGACCUUCACCGUCAUCCUGGAUUUCAUCUACUCCGGCCAGCUGGACCUCUCCAGUCACAAUGUGAUUGAAGUUAUGUCUGCAGCCAGCUAUCUGCAGAUGAACAACGUCAUCAGCUACUGCAAGAACUUCAUCAAGUCCUCCUUGGACAUCAGUGUGAAAGAUGAAGACAGCGAUCGCUGCCUCAGCUUGUCUGAGACCUGUAGCUUUACCAGCGGAGCAGGAGAAGACUCCACAGAGCAGCAUCAGGGCCCCUGCUCUGUCAGCCCUCCACCUGCGCUCUGGACUCGGGACAACUCCAGAUCACAGUCUAGCUUUAUGGGAAAGGACUCGGACCAGGAUCCUUCGGCCUCAGCCCUGAAGACUGACCCUAACAGCCCUGUUAACGAGCUCAGUGCAGAUGCAGAAGACCUCCAGGACCCUCAGGACCCUUUGUACACCUUGCCUGGAUCAGAGCGUCGGCGUGGAAAAGGGAGCACAAAGAGGCGAGCGUCCAACAGCGCUCGGUCCAACCAGCACGAAGACUUGGACAUCCAGGAGGCACGGACACGAAAGGCUGAAAAGGCAGAGGAGCUUUACGCUACUCUACCACCGAUUGUGGGUGUUAUUGGACACUUUAAUAAAGAUUCGAAUCCUACCAUGCGCUUCAAAUGCCCCUUUUGCACACACACAGUGAAGAGGAAAGCAGACCUGAAGCGUCACCUGCGCUGUCACACCGGGGAGAGGCCGUAUCCAUGCCAGGCCUGCAAUAAGCGCUUUACUCGCCUGGAGCAUCUACGCAGCCAUUUUGAGACAAUUCAUCAAGCUAGGAAGCUGGUGUGCAGGAAGUGUAAGUGUCAAGUGACCGAGGAGACAGGGCAUGUGGUGUGUGAGGGCACGAGACGCUACCGCAUGUGCACGGCGUGCAUCCAGGAAGUGGGCUGUGACGACGUCCCCAUGAACAGCCUGGAGGGGCACAACGAGGAGCCGGCACUGUUACUGGGCGUGGACGGGGAGGAGGAGGGGGACACAAAGAGGAGCUGGAUGGUGACUGACGACGAUGACCUGGCAGAAGACUCGGGCGCCGACCUCAUCAUCCAGCAAGUGGAUGUCAGCGACGAAGAGCUGCAGUGAAACUGGACCAAAGUGUGCGUGUGUUUGUGUGUGUGCAGAUGCGUAACCAUAUUUGAAGUGUUUGUGUUUUAAAGUGCCCCUGGUAUGCUUAUUUUCAAUUUAGGGGUUUACUACAAUACGUUUACAUUCAUUAGUAUUCAAAAAUCAUUUUUCUCGUAUUGUACUGUGCAUAGUGUUACUGCUGCUCCUCUUUUCACCAUCUGCCUGAAAUGAUCUGUUCUAGGAAAGCGAGGUAUCCAGCCAGAGUUACAAGUACCCCAGAGAGUACUUUAGCAAGAGCAGUUAAUUAAAUUACAAUUUCAUUAAAGAAUUGAUUGAACUUAACGGAUUUUUGGCAGAUAAUUAAUUGAAAGUAAUGGUUAAAAAGCAGAAUUGGGCGAAAAUAGUCAUGCAUAAAUGAUUCAAACAUAUAAGAAAUGAUCAAAAAUGAAAUAUCCUGCUAAAAGCACAGCUAAAAUCUUUAGCUAAGAGAAUACGCAGUUCAAAUGGUUCAAUAGUGGAUGAAUAUAACAGUUAUAUAACAGUUACAAUUAAAACACAACAGAAAAAUAAAACCUGUUUUCUAGGCUGUAUUAUAACACAACUAAAGAUGGUUAGCCGUGCAGCAUUUUUGUGAUUUCUACUGUCAUUAUUUUUUUUUUUUUAAUUAAAAAUGGAAAAAAAGAAAUUCACCAGGUCUUCAGUUCAUCAGCCGGAGGGCACAAAAGCUUGUUUUCAUUCUUCCAGCCUCGCAGAAUAUUUGGUUUGCUGACAUGUUUUACAUUUAGUUUGUAGAAAAGAGAAAAAUGGCAGACUUUUAGGCAGUUGGUGCAACUGGAUGUAGCUGAGGCAUUCUUUGUUUAGCUGCUAAACUGGCAUUUUACAUGGUGACAUAGAGAAGUAACGGAAGAACAGCCAGUUUCACUUCAGUGUUUUGUGUGGGUGGGUGAAACUUUACUUUUAAUAAAGGUGUGAAGAAUAGGGAAAAACCCCAAAAGCUUAACAGGGGCACUUUAAAGCCAUGCAGGAGAGUUUAUGCAUAAAAUGUGGGAUUCACUCAUGUAAAAACACAUGUUUAUGAUAUGUUGUGUAUUAGUUUAGUCUUUUCUUAUCAGUUUGUUGAGCUUUGUCAGAAAAAAAAUGAAGGUUUUCUGUUAAGCUUCAUAAAGAUAUGCAGUAUCUGAAGCAUGCAUAUUAUGUGUUUCCUUUGCUUCAAUCAUAAUAUGAUAUUAUAAUCUUUUCAAUAAGCUUUUUUUUCUCUCGUGCAUGAAAAGCUUUGGUCCUUUUGGCUGCUUUCUGCCAGCCUUUCAGCAAAAAGGUGAAGAACAGAAUGAUCACCUGUAUCCUGUAGGGACAGUCUUUUUAAAUGUUUUGUUAUGAUAUGCAGUAUGAUACAAACGCAUAAUUUAUUUGUUUGUUUGUUUGUUUGUUUUUUACUUUUGGACACAUUAAAGAUAUUUUUAUAAAUUUGUUUCUGGGUCUUUAACUUUAAUCACGAAUAACCGAACGACUUCUCAUUCAAAGGAGGCUCUGUUUUUUAUUAUUCUUAUAGGAGUAUUAAAUGGUGUAAAGUAAGAUAGAAGUAAAGUCAUAGAAAAAUAAAUAAGAUAAAGGACAACGAUUGUGGGAAAACUGGUAACAGUGAAAAAGUGCAAUAAACUAAACCUGAAAAAAUUAUAAAAUUUUGUACAUAGUUUUGUCAUCUUGGAACAAAUACAUCAGUAUAUACAAAAACUUUACAACUCUGAAUGCAAAUUGCAUGUUACCAAUAAAAUCAAUUCUGGAGUCAUUACGGCAUCUGUGAUGGAAAAGUUUAAAUAAUAAACGACAAAAUAUUACAACAAUGUUGAUUAUAACCUAUUUAAACAGGGGAAAAUUGGAUCAAGAUGAAAAAUUCAGUCAUCUUCCAGUUAAUUAUCUCACUUUCUUGUACCUCGAUGUAAACUUUCUAUAGUUUGCUUUCAUAAUGGUGUGUUUUGUAGACGCUGGCAAUGAUUUUCUUACAUCUUCAAGAAUGUUCUUGGUUCGAUGUUGUGGGGAGGUUUUUCUUAACCAUGGAAAUGAUUCUGUGAUCAUGCACUUUAGUUGUCUGCUGAAUUUCUUGCUAUUCCUCUGAUACACCUACUUUUGUUCUUUAAACCUUAUUCUGAAAGUUCCUGUCGUGGAAUUUUUUAGUGAUAAAGUCUGCAACACGGUCAGCUGUGGUCAGGCUAUUUUAAUUACUGCAUGCAGGAGAGCCAACACGCAUCAAACAUCACAGUUCACAGUCAUGCCAGCUCUGCCCUUAAGAUGU